CUUAGUGUACCUGAUGAUAUAUGACAUUCACGAUGUGCAAGCAUAUUCCUUUGAACUUCUGUCAAAUUUAACAACUGAAUUAUUUCAAACCAAAUCGUAUGACAAGACGUUACGUCCAAGAAAUGAUCAGUCGCAAAAUAUAUCAUUGGAUGUCAAAUUUAAUUUCCUAAGUAUCAAUAAAUUUGACGAGUUGGAGGGAAAAUUGGUUUGUACGGCUUUUCUUGGUCUUGCUUGGAGUGAUGAUUUCUUGACAUGGGAUUAUUCGACUUAUCCUAUAGGACGAUUUACACUUCCGCAGACCCUAGUGUGGAAACCAGAUUUUGUACUGCGCAACGGAUUCACCGAAUUCAAGGAAUUAGGAGGUUCGUUUUAUAACGUCAUUCUUACUGUCGAUGGAGAUGUGGCCUGGAAUCCUUAUCAAGUAUUUGAAACCAAAUGUGCCUUAGAUGUGACUUAUUUUCCUUUUGAUUCCCAAACCUGUGAUAUUGUGUUUACAAUGUGGUCACAUUUUACUUUUCAAGUUAGUAUUAAUCCGACUGUAGAUAACAUAAUAAUGAAUGAAUACACGUCAAACGCAUUGUGGACGGUAGAGUCAACCUCCCAAAACGUUGAUAACACGGGAUCACGUUCUUUAAUUACAUAUACGUUAAAUAUCAAACGUAAGCCAAGCUACUAUGUUUCCACCAUUAUUUUACCUGUUGUUUUUCUUGGAAUUUUAAAUAUACUUGUAUUUGUUUUGCCAGCCGAUGCAGGAGAAAAAAUGUCUUACUCCAUUACCGUCGCGCUUGGUUUUAUGGUAUUCCUGACAUUAGUAAGUACUCAGUUACCAGCAAAUUCCGAUAAUAUUUCCAUGUUGUCCGUUUAUAUACAGAUCCAAAUUUGCUUGGGUAUAUUCGCUCUUGUCGUCUCAUCGAUACAGUUGCGUAUUCGUCACAGAGAUCCGGACAGAGGGCCAAACAAAGCGUACAAGUAUCUGGUUUCAUUUUCAAGGCGUUGCUGUAAAAAUGAAAACCAGGUACAAAACGAAUCGAGCAAACAGACAAAGGAGAACAUUGACCUUGACAAAAAAGUUCAUGCAUUUGACUGGAAUGAUGUUUCUUCUGCAAUCGACUUUAUUUCGUUCUGGUUCUUUACUGUGAUUUUUGUACUCAGUACAAUAAUAAUCAUGAUACUUAUGGCAGUAGGUUAGAACCUGAAAGGGAGCUGAAACAAAUAAACUUUGUGUCUGUAAAUCUUGUAGUACCAAGCAAGU